AUGGCAAUGGCGAAAUAUGCUAUUUUUCAAAGUCGUGGGAAGGAAGCCAAUGGUAAAGUGAAUGAGAUCCAAAACUUCGUUAAUAGUAUACUCCAUUUUGAAAAGGGCGAUCAGAAACUUGGAGGCACCGGUGCUUCUCGAGUCCCGCGUCUUAUCCGUUGGGAGGCGCCACCGACGUCUCGGGUGAAAGUGAAUUCUGAUGGGGCUUAUAAUAAAUCCUCGGGUACGACUUCUACUGGAAGGUGGAGGUCGACAAUGCCAACGUCGUGGGAUUUGCAAAUGAGUAGUAGCAACAGCAGCACCAUGAUGAUUUUAGCUGGAGGCGGUGGCGGCAGCGGUGGUGGCGGGGGCGGAAGGGGAAGUGGAAGCGGUAGCAACGGUGGAUGCGGCCGGUCGUGGCCGUCGACGUCAUCCUCUUCGGCCUCGGGGAAAAGAAUUCAGAAGGAGUUGUCGGAGCUGAAUAUGGACCCGCCACCCGAUUGUGCCGCCGGCCCCAAAGCCGACAAUCUCUACCACUGGGUCGCGACUAUCUUCGGACCGCCUGGGACACCUUAUGAAGGAGGCAUAUUUUUCCUUGAUAUCACAUUCCCCUACGAUUAUCCGUUUAAUCCUCCAAAGGUACCUCACAUUCUCACAGAAAAAUACACCUCGUGUGUGCAGGUUGUGUUCAAAACUAGAAUCUACCACUGUAAUGUUGAUUCUUAUGGAAAUGUUAGUUUGGAUAUGCUGAAUGAUGGAUGGAGCCCAGCUCUUACCAUCUCGAAGGUGCUUUUAGCACUUAGAUCAAUAUUUACCAACCCUGAUGCAUAUAAACCCUUUGUUCCGGGCAUUGCACACUUGAGUGAUCGGGCAAAGCAUGAUGAGCUGGCUGCCGACUGGACUCAACGAUUUGCAAAGUAAAAUGACGUAAAAAGUGGCAGAGCAAUCCAAAUCACCUGGGCUAGAAUUUUCUGGCAGAAAAAAAAAAAAUUAUGUAUGUUUCUCCCAAAAUGCUUACUGCAUGUCGAGAGGGCGAGUUGUUUGAAAGACAAAACCCUAUCAUUUUUUUAUAAGAGAUUAUUCAUAAUCAUUUUUUAUUUUUUUAUUUUUU